UUGACUGUAGCUGAAGCUCAGUCUCUUCGUUUUUAAUGAAUAAAAAUGAGCUCAACUGAGAAUCUGAGAGAGUUUAUCGUCCAGCGGCUAACUGCUGCUGCUGAAGACAUUUUUGGACUUUUUCAGAGAACUAUCGUCGAGUACCAGGCAGAGAUCGAUCGACAGCGCAGACUGCUGGACAUCGUUUGGCAGCCUCACGUCAACUUACACAGGAUAGAUGUCCCACAGCAACAUGAGUGUAAAGAUGAGGAGGUUGAGGCUGACCAGCAGCUCUGUGACCAGGAGAGGAACUUCAGUCUGGACCAAGGGGAGCCAGAGCCUCCACAGAUGAAGGAGGAGCAGGAGGGACUCUGCAGCAGUCUGGACCAAGGGGAGCCAGAGGCUCCACAGAUGAAGGAGGAGCAGGAGGACCUCUGCAGCAGUCUGGACCAAGGGGAGCCAGAGCCUCCACAGAUGAAGGAGGAGCAAGAGGAACUCUGCAGCAGUCAGAGGAGAGAGGAGCCCAUAGUGAAGCAGGAGACUGAGACAUUCAUGUUGACUCCUUCUAAUGAGGAAAAUGACCAGACUGAACCUGAACAACAACACCAACAGCAGCAACCCAAUGUCUCGGAAAAUCAAGAUCCCAGAGAAAGCAAACGCAUUACUCUCAAAAGAAGUUUGAUAAGGCACAAAAAAGAUCAUACUGGUGAAAAGCCGUAUACCUGUGAAACAUGUGGUAAAUCUUUCAAAUAUGAAAGCAAGUUGAUAACUCAUACAAAAACACACACAGGUGAAAGGCCUUUCUCCUGCAGCACAUGUGGAAAAGGAUUCAGUCAAAGUUAUCAAAUGAUUGUUCAUAUGAGAACUCACACAGGUGAGAGGCCUUUCUCCUGCAGCACAUGUGGAAAAGAAUUCAGUCGAAGUUAUCAAAUGCAAACUCACAUGAGAACACACACAGGUGAGAGGCCUUUCUCCUGCAGCGCAUGUGGAAAAGGAUUCAAUCAAAGUUAUCAAAUGCAAAUUCACAUGAGAACACACACAGGUGAAAGGCCUUACUCCUGCAGCACAUGUGGAAAGGGAUUCAGUCAAAGUCCUCACUUGAAAAGUCACAUGAGAACUCACACAGGUGAGAGGCCUUUCUCCUGCAGCACCUGUGGAAAAGGAUUCAGUCAAAGUUCUCAAAUGAUUGUUCAUAUGAGAACUCACACAGGUGAGAGGCCUUUCUCCUGUGUUACCUGUGGGACAUCAUUUAGCCGGAGAUGUCAUUUGGAUAAGCACCAAAGAAUUCAUACAGGUGAAAAACCGUUUACUUGCCCAGCAUGUGACAGGUCUUUUAAAUACUUGGAUGUCUUAACAGGUCAUAUGAGAAGAGCUCACACAGGUGAGCGUCCAUACCUUUGUAAUACCUGUGGGGAAAGAUUCUUUGAUUUGUCGAAUCUUUCACGACACAUGAAAUCCCAUGCAGACAAGUAGCCAUGUGUACACAGAUGUGGUGGAGAUGAGUGAGUUUGAGCUUGUAGUGAUGUCAGAUCUGAAAUUCACUAAUAGAUUGCAGUUGGAGGUCCGUUUGAAUAGUCCAUUUUGCUUAGGAAGGUUCCUAACUGAGUGAAACGACCCGGAAGCAUUUUAGUGUGGGCCAUGAUAAAGGCCGUUCGAAUUCUCCAACUGAAAAGGAAAGGAGCUUCAUUGUUUUCUUUAUUAUCUCCUUAAGCCUAGGAAACACUGGAACAUCCUUACCAAAGGAGAGAUGAAAAGAUGACCCACAAUGCUUUGCGUAAACUUCAUUUAAAGUGACGCACCUGUUGACUGCUCAUCAGAACAUGUGAAUAACUUGACUGUAACUUUACUAGUCAAACGUAUAAUCCAUGUGAUAAAUGGAAGGCAGUAGGGAUGAACAGAGAAAUAUUACAGACAUGAAAACUUUGUCAUUCAACUUAUGAUAAUGAUUUCAUUUCUUCUCAUUUCUAUUUUCUUCCAACAGUAAACCGAUCAGUCAGUAUUUUAAACUGUAUUUGUUUUGCUAUUUUGAAAUAUUAAAGUUAAUGUGAUAAGUUUGUACAUCACAACCGAUUAGAGCAAUAAAGUCAGCAUGUUUCCAUAUUGUGAAUAUUAUAGCCUAUCUAUCAUAAUUACGCAGGGAAGACACGGUUUAUAGAACUUUUCACAUAACGAGCUGAAAGAAAGAUGGAAGCAGAGUAGACUCUGUAACAAAAUUAACAGAGACGAGAGAAUUAAAGAAAAAAAUGAUUAGGUAGGGAAUAAAGCAAAACAAUCUAAUAUCGUUAUGAAACAAAAGACAUUAUUCAUCUAGUCGUAUUGACUUAGCAGAAAGUUCAGAUUAAGAGAAAAGUUUCUGCUGUUCUGGACGUUCACAGUCAUAGUUUCUCGUCCUGAAGAGACUUUGGCAUAUAAAAAUCUUAAUGAGCUCAUAUCUCUGACGUUUUGUUGUUUUAUUUGCAGCACAUGACAAACGCAUCGAGUGGUGGAUGCAAAUUUUGUAGUCCAUCAACAUUAAUACACAAAUAGCACACAUCCCGUCCUUAACAUCUGUCUAGGGAAGUGCAGUCGGAUUCCUUAAUCACCGCUGUUCUCCUUUCCUAUCCUCUUACUCCCACCUUUCCUUAACCCUGUGACGUUUUUCUUUGGGGUUAAGGAAAAGUGAAUAGGAAAGGACCUAGGAGGUAAUUUUUUGGACUUUUCGAACGGACUCUUUUCAUUCUUUUUCAUUGUCAUCUCUGAGCAAGUGAGAUUAAACUGUGAGUGCCUCUCCAGGAUUAGUCAGAGUUAGUUUGUUGUGUGACUUUGGAGAAACUGAGAACAAGUUUAAUUUUCUGUUCUAGUGUUCAAUUUACAACAAUUUAAGGAGUGUACUUUUUAGGAAAGUGUCUACAAUAAAUGCUGUUUUUUUGGGUUGGACUAUGUAAAUGUUUGUUUUGCUUUAGAUAAGGAACCUUUUUAAAGCAGAUUUACCUGCAAGGCCUCUUUUUCCCUAUUCUCGAAACAUUGAGCACAAAUCUCAGUUUUCGAAGAACUUUCACAAAACCUCAGAUAUUGCGGUCAAAAUCCCUCCUGAGCAGUCAUCAAACACUGCAACAACAUCUCAAUGAAAAAUGUACUCAUCUGCAAGGAUUUUUCCUUCCACAAGGUUCAAAUUUCUUAAAAAAUGAACCACUGGGAUUGCAUAUAUGAUGAUAGAAUCCUCUUGAUAUGAGAUUGGUAUUUUACAUUUUUAAAGAAAGUCUGAGUAUGACUGUAACAUCCCAUUUUUGUUUAUUUAUUUACCAGUUGAAUUAGAUAAGAUUCAAGUGGCAUGAA